GUGACCCCCACCACAAUGGUGAGGCUGUCCAAGCCCAAAACUUUCCAAGCCUAUCUGGACAACUGCCACCGACGCUACAGCUGCGUGCACUGCCGGGCACACCUGGCCAACCACGACGACCUUAUCUCCAAGUCUUUUCAAGGAAGCCAAGGUCGGGCAUAUUUAUUCAACUCUGUAGUAAAUGUUGGAUGUGGCCCAGCUGAAGAACGGGUCCUGUUGACAGGUCUACACGCUGUGGCCGAUAUCUACUGCGAGAACUGCAAAACCACGCUCGGAUGGAAAUAUGAACAAGCCUUCGAGACCAGCCAAAAAUACAAGGAAGGGAAAUACAUCAUUGAACUCAACCACAUGAUCAAGGAUAAUGGCUGGGAUUGAAACGAGAGGGGCAGGGGGAAUGAAGCAGGAUCUUGCCACCUUUGGCUAAUGACAUGUAGAAGGUGGAGCCUAAGAAAUGACAAUUUCCACAAAACUUGCCUCUGCCUUCCCAACCAAUGGGCUGCCAUCCAAAUCAGCUCUGGAUGCAUCUGAGUUGUGAAGGAGGAGGCGGAGCUUCUGCUGGGAGGCCACACCCGUGGCUCAGAUAUGACGCCCUCGUGUGGCAAAAAGAGGCAGCGCACAAGGAGACACCUAGGCCAAGGGCAGUGUGCAAGCAGGGUUGGGGAGGGGGAGGAGUGUGGGGUCUGUUGUUGUACAGAGUGUGUAUUCAAAAAUAAUGAUGGCAAUUGUAUAGUGGAAUGGGGAAGGCAAGGGUUGUACAGUAUCUGUGACU